UGUUUGUGAUUCUUUGGUGAAAGAGAAACCACAGGUCAGAACGAGCUGCUGAAAACACACAUUCACAUUUAGAUACUGAGGAUUUUUACUCUUGAAAAAAAGACCAUCUUAUGGAUAUUUCUCACACUUAUAAAGUGGAAAUGUUCUCUGUAACAUCUGCAUCUCUCUGCUGGACUUUACUUUUUGCUUGCCUCCUCUGUGUCUUUGCAGACCAGAAAAACAUCAAAGCAGUGCCUGGACAGACGGUCACUCUGCCAUGUCAAGCUCCAAACAACAACAGGUCCAUCAUUGCUACAGAGUGGAGCAGAAAUGAUCUGGGGGAUAAAUAUUUACUUUUGUACUGGAAAGAGCAGUUUGAUCCAAAAACACAGCAUCCAUCUUUCAAGAAUCGGGUGGAUCUGCAGGACAGACAGAUGAAGGACAAAGAUGUGUCUUUGAUUCUGAAGGAUGUGACAACUGCGGACAGUGGAAGAUACGAGUGCCGUGUUGUACAGAGAGGAACAAAUAUGGAUGAUGAAACAAUCAGCACCAUCUACCUGAGAGUUGUUCCUCCAGGUCAAACAAGAAGACGCAGAGAGGCUGUUUCUUAUGGAGUGAUAAUUGGUCAGGGGAAGCUGACUGCACUCUACGAGCGCCAGGCAGCACAAAUGAACCAACUGCUAGCUGACAAGAGACACCCAGAAUGGCUAACUGAAGGACGGACAGACCUGAUCCUCAAGAACCCCCAAAAGGGACCGGCCCCCUCCAAUUACUGA